GAGACUUGUUCUCUCGCAGUGAGAACUGUUCCGACGUUAGCACCGUCCAUCGAAUAUUGGGGGACAUCCUCGUCGCCGGACCGCACACUACUCUCAUCUUUUUCUGGGCGAUGGCCGGCUGCAAAAGCAAAGUCUAUUGCGAAGCAUCGACUGUGAAGCAGUAAGAGAAGAAGGCGGCUGCUUUUGGGUAGCCUCUCUCUCUCUCUGGAAGAAUGCAACUCCUUUCCAUUGGAGAGAAGCAAGAUGGGCAUGCUCCUUUUGAUUGUGAAAUGGCACAUAAGUUGAUAUUGCUGAGGAGUGAAGGUUUUAAGCUACAUACUGCACAUUUCAGGUAGUGAACUAAAUGGAUCCUCAUAGUGCAACAGGAACGGGGCAGUAGGAAGAUACAACCAUAGGCAAGGGCAAGACAAAGGCCAACAAACACAAGAUGCAAUUUCAGGACGAAUAACUUUUGACCAAAGAAUACCCGUAGCACCACGAGGACGGAGAAUCUCAUUUUCUACAUCCCACUUUUCCUUUUUGGCCAGUUAUUGUCUUCAUCCAUUAAACAUGGAUUCAAUUGGAGAGCUCUUUGACACUCAGCUUGUGUUUAUGAAGCAUGCCCUGGAAGAGGCAAAGUAUGCAAUGGACAACCUUGAAGUACCGGUUGGAUGUGUGAUCGUUGAGGAUGGGAAGAUUAUUGCUUCUGGGAGCAACCGCACUAGUGAGACAAGAAAUGCAACAAGGCAUGCUGAGAUGGAAGCAAUUGAUAAGUUAUUGGAGCAAUGGCAAAGGUCUGGACUUGCACAACCAGAUGUUGCAGAAAAAUUUUCAAGAUGUGAUCUCUAUGUUACAUGUGAACCCUGUAUAAUGUGUGCAACAGCUUUAUCUGUACUUGGCAUAAGGGCCGUGUACUACGGAUGCGCAAAUGAUAAAUUUGGAGGUUGUGGAUCAGUUUUGUCACUACAUUUAAGUGAUUCUGAACAUCUAUCAAGGAUUUGGAAGGAAAAGAAAGAAUCUGGCUAGAAAGAACCAAGUUCCGGAAUGUCCACAAAUCCAUCUAGAAACAUGUUGGAGGAGAUUGCCUAGAAUAUUAUUGGAUUGCAUGUCUACAAUGACCUAUGUUUGGAUAUUUGGUGCAAUAUGAUAUUUGAGACAAAGGAUGUAAUAGAGAAACCUGUAAAUUGUAUUAUAUAUAUACACACACGCACGCGCGCGCGCGCGUGCGUGCGUGCAAAUGGCCUUGUAAUGGAAAGUGCACCACCCAGUCACAGUUAAGUAUAUGUUUGGACGUGUUUGAAGCUGUGAGUGGGAAAAUAAGUUAAAUACGUGCCUGCCAUCUGUGUGAUUACCUAAUCAUGUACCAGCUUGAGUGUUGUAUUUGUGCAUAGAUUAAGGAAAAUAGUAGCUGGACUAGAGUCCGGCCAUUGUGGCUAUACGUGGGGUAUGCAAUAUCAAUCAAAUCAUGUCUCCCAUAGAAAUUGUUAGAUUUCUCCGAAGGAUGUUAAUUAUUGUGAUGACUUGCUACUGUAGCAAACCAUGUGUACACAACCUCCACUACUCGAUUGAAAUUGGCAUCAGUUAUAUUUUUAAUAUAAGUCAGGAUUAUGUUUCAUUGUCACAGUUACACACCAAAAUUGCUAGGGCCAGACCCACUAAGAAAACUUUAGUUUGUCUAAACUAGGAACCCUUAUCCUAAGUGAAUAUAUCAUCUGAACAAAUUUUCUUGUCCCCAUCUUAACGUGCAAUGCAUGAGAAGUUGGAUUUCAACAUUCCGUAGACAUUUUGAAGCAAACCUAUGUGUAUAUUGUAAUCAUUAUGUUGACAGGGCCCACCGAGGUGAACCUGGGUGAUGUUCUAGUUCUAACUACAAAAUAUAUUUGCAAAAUGGUGUGGGUAUGUGUAUAUAAGUUAAUAACUCUGGAUUGUCUUUGAUCUUAU